AUGGGGACAAAGCAGGACCCGAGAGUCAAGUCUUUCGAGACACGACUAUUCAUUAAUGGAAAGUUUGUAGAGUCUUCCGAUGGGGGCAAGUUUGACCUGAUAUCCCCAACUACAAAUGAGAAAUUCACGGAGGUCUCCGAAGCAACCGUGGAAGACGCGAAUGCGGCUGUGGCCGCAGCGAAGGCAGCUUUCCCUGCCUGGUCCGCUCUCUCACCCACCGAACGCGGCGUCUACUUUAAGAAGCUUGCUGCUUUGAUCAUUGAAUCUCACGAUGAAUUAGCUGAGCUUGAAGCUCUGUCCAUGGGUCGCCCAGUCUCUCUUUAUUUCGAGUCCCAUGCAGCAGCGCAGUCACUAAAUCAUUACGCCGAAUCUGGUUACCAGGCUCUCGGAACAUCAAGCUUAAAUACGCCUGGUUUUUUGAACAUGACUUUGCGCCAGCCAUAUGGUGUCGUGGGUGCCAUAAUUCCUUGGAACGUACCGGUGCUUUUCUUGAUAAACAAGUCUGCCCCUGCAUUAUUGGCAGGAAACACGGUAGUGGUGAAGAGCAGUGAGAAAGCCCCGCUUACAUCUGCCAAGAUUGCGACUCUCGUGGAGAAGGCUGGCUUCCCCCCGGGCGUUUUCAACAUCAUUUCAGGCCAUGGCCACAUCUCAGGCAACGUACUAUCGCAUCAUAUGGAUAUACGCGUUAUCAGCUUUACCGGUUCGGGUAGAACUGGCCGUCUCAUUCAACAAGCAGCCGCUAAGUCUAACUUGAAGAACGUGAUUUUGGAACUGGGAGGAAAGUCUCCAGCGAUCAUAUUUCCAGAUGCCAACCUUGAAAGAGCUGUGAGGGAAACCAAACACAGUAUUCAGUGGAAUUCUGGUCAGGUCUGCAUGGCUAACUCACGCAUUUAUGUUCACGAGUCAAUCGCUCCCAAGUUCAUUGAGCUAUUCCAGGAAAGCUUUGCCAGGAUCAAAAGUGGGAACCCACUGCUACCAGAAACAGAUCACGGCCCACAGGCCGAUGGCAUCCAGUACAAGCAGGUGCAGUCUUAUAUCGAUGAAGGUAAGAAAGUCGGCAAGAUGAUAUUGGGGUCAGAGCCGUCCGAGAACCAGGUUGGAUUCUUCGUUCAGCCUACUAUCUUCCUCGAGACACCGGAAGACUCAAAGAUCAUGAGAGAAGAAAUCUUUGGACCAGUCGUGAACAUCAAUACAUUCAAGGAUGAAGACGAGGUUGUGGCCAAGGCGAAUGACACUGAAUACGGUCUCUAUGCUGCGGUGUACACGAAUGACGUCAACCGCGCUCUCCGCAUGGCAAGAAAGCUUGAUUCUGGCAGUGUUGGCGUGAAUUGCACAAGUCCUACCGGUGCUCGUGACAUGCCUUUUGGAGGCUACAAAGCGAGUGGCGUUGGCCGCGAGGGAUGGACUGUCAGCAUUGACAACUAUUUGGAGGUCAAAAGUGUGCUUAUCAGAGUUGAUGAGGAAUGA